UUCUGCGUUUUCGAUAGAAACGUUAAGCGAAAUGUGCGAUGUCGGGUCCAUUAAAGCUUGUGAAGCCUUGGUUGUAUAACGUCAAAUAUGACAUUUCAAAAAGGGAGUCAUAGUUGCGAUUGAAUCACAAACGUGAGCGAGAACUUGACUGUCUUAUUGAGCACCUGGGUUAUAUUUGUAUAAAAAUCACAUUAGAAAUUAUCUGCCGAGUGUCGACCAGGACUGGACACUAGAAGCUGCAUGGCUUCUCUCUAUGAACAACUUGAAUGACCCCCCAGGAUGGAACUUCGGACCAGACCGGCGAGGAGACGGGGACAGCAACAAGUGGAAUUAUGCUCUUCUUGUGCCCGUGCUUGGCCUGGCAGCCUUUCACUGGAUCUGGACCAGAGAGUCAAAGAGGGAGAUUGGGGAGGUGAAAGCUGGGUACGCCCGAGAUCUGACGGCCGUGUCCAACAGGCUGGAGCGGAAGUACAGGCAGGCCAUGACGGAGAGCCGUCGGGCAGCGGCCCGCGUGGAGCUGGAUCUGGAGAAGGAGCGGCAGCGCGCGCAGGGCUACAGGCAGGCGGUCCACUCCCAGGGCCAGCAGCUCCUGGAGGAGCGCAAGCGGCUACAGGAGGAGCGCCAGGCGCUGGAGGAGGAGAAGCAGCGGGUGGCGCAGCGCGGCGCGGCAGCCGUCCUCCUCGAGGACGCGCUGGGACGGGAGAGCGAGCGGCAGGCUAGCGCCGCGGCGGUGCUGAGCGAGUUUGAGGCCGGGCUGGUGGAGCGGCAGAGCGCUUUCUGCAACGCCUUCCUCCCCCGGAAGUGGCGGCUGGAGAUGGAGAGGGACCUGCUGAACCGGGCCGCCGCGGAGCCGCUGGCCGCGGAGCUGAACAUGGAGAGCGAUCUGGAGGACAUCUUCAGAAAUGACCGCCACUGCGAUGUCCUGACCGGGGACAAGCGGAAGAACGGCAGCCUGAUGUGGUUGUACCUCAGGUUCUGGAAGCUGCAGGUUACUUUGCAGAAACACAAGAGGGCACAGGAAUCUCUACUGGGUGUGAAGCCAAACCAAAAGUGACCUCACCAGGAUAACUAUGAGAACCUGAAGCUGCUCUGUGGAGAAAGUAUUGAUAUUGCUGACACGAACAGGGCUUUUAGUGUGCAUUAAAAACAUUGGGCAUGAUAGUACUAUCUGCUAGCAUAUGCUAUUUUUGCAGUGCUGGCAAAAUGUGAGUCAACUUUUACAAGUCAGAAAAUGUUCUGAUCACUUUUGGGUAGAAUCACUAGGUUUGACUGUACGGGUAAUGUUUUUAACAGUCAUUGCAGUGAGCACAUGCAAGUAAUUCAGUUUUAGAAUGUCUGGUGUGCUGAAAGAGUAAUUUAAUUGAAAAGCUGUGGUUUGAUGUUGUUCCUUUACAGUUUUUUGAAUCUAUGCAUUAGCCCUGAACUGGGUUACAAAAUCACUUUGCUUGUGUUCUUAGUUGUUGAACAGGAAAACAAGUGUUUUAUAUGUAUAACUAAGGCUGGGUGUUUAUAAUGGAAAAUAUUGGUGAAAGUCACAGAGCGGUCACAGCAAAGUUGUUGAAACUGAGCUUCCUCAAGCUACUAAAAUAAUGAAAUAGGGUACCGUGUGUGCGUUUUUUAUUUGGGUACAUGUUAUACAUUGUGAGGUCUGAGCCUUUGAUUGAGAGCGACGUUACCGUAAUAGAGGAAGGUGCAUUCACUGUUGACUGGGGCCAUGAAACAUCUGAUUGCAACAACUGACGAGUUGUUAAUAACUGAUCCCAAUGCCUUCCAGAAUCUGUCUACAUUAUCAUGCUUUAUUUUUCACAGCAUUUGGCAAAAUGCAUAGACCUAUUCAAAUCACUCUGUAGGCUACUUUAAGGUUGACAGUUACCAACCAAGACUGAUGGAAAAUCACAGAACGCACUAAAUAUGGGGGAAAUCCUGAAAUGGAAAAAAAAAUGGAACAGCCAAAAAAAUGGCAAAAAUCAUAGAUUCCAUGAAAACACCCAGCCAUGAUACGUAUAACUAAUGUAGUAUGAGUAAGGAACAUGCACUGUUUGAACUUGGGAUUCUAGUGCCACAGGGGUUCUUUUACCACAGCAGAAACGCACUCUAUAAAGUUAUUACCUUUGACAAACAGAGAAGGCAGGGCUUUUGUUUUGCCACAUUCCACCUGUUUGAUAGCAGGAUCUCUCCAAAAGUUAUACAUAAUUUUGGAUGAAACUGUGGAAAGCUUGCUCACGGGGCUAGGAAGAACUGAUUUACUGUUUACACGGAUUGCCCAAAAGGGGGUGUGUCAGUGUGUCAGACUUCUCACCAAAGGCAUAUCUGAAUGGAUUCACAUAACACCAUGAAACUUUGUGCCUAUCAGCAGGGGUGUGUGGAAGAGUUCAUGUCCAGCCACUGUACAACUGCUGUGCUGAUUGGCCAUGUGGUACCGCAGUAACCCACUAAAAUGCGUGGGUAGGAUUUAAACAUGCAUAUCAAUGCCCUAUUUGUGAUGUAGGCAUGAAAAUGUAUAUCCUCUUGUGAACGGUAUGGAAGGAAUUGACUUUUGGUGAAUAUCCGACAUUUGGAACUGGCAUAUCUUGACAAUUGCAUAGUGUUGGCAGAGGUAUGUACUCUACUGAGUGCCGUCUUCCAGUUGCCAGUGUAAUGUUUGAAUUGUUUAUGACACUAAAAGAAGCAAAAGAUACAUACAUUUACCAUGUUUUUCUGAUCUUUCAACUUGACAGUUCAAUCAGACUUUUGCAAAUGAGAACUAUGCAAUCAAUGAUCAACUGCUCUUUGAACAAUUAGCUAUAUAUUGGAUCUCUCCUGUUAGUGUAAGAACACAAAUGUGUUUUUUUGCUGUUUUUGGUGCUUCGAUUCAUGAUCUAUUUUAGAACAAUAAAAUAUUGUGUGUAGAUCUGAUGGUACAUUCAGUUCAGAUAAUUCUUUUUACACACUUCAGCACUGACUAUGUGAAAGGUAUAUUUGAAAAAGAGGAGGAACGUGAAUUUUAGGUUUGUUGUCUGUUACCAUAGUCUUGAAAUAUGAGAACUACGGUCUUUCUGGAACUGAAACCAUUAACAUUAUAUUGAGCUUACACACAUGAUUUUGCUGUUAGAAACCUUCAUGAUGUUUGAUGUAAAAAAAAACUACUGAUAGAACAGUGGCUGAUUUAAUGUAACUACAAUGUUACAUCUUAAGAAGGGAAAUCAAAAAUGCGAAUGUUAAUAUAAAACUUGAUGCUAUCAGUGCUGUUAAAAUAAAAUGUGUUUAUACAAAGAUGUUAUACCAGUUUUAAUAUCAAGUAAGAAUGGAUUGUACUGUAGGUUGUUAACAUCAAAGUGGGUGCUUUAAUGAUGUAGCCUACGUAAUGAAGCAAGUGCCUGUGUUUUAAUGUCUUUCAGCAGUGGUUGACAUAUAGUUACUCCUCGUAAUAGUGAACUUCCUGUAUAUAGUGUGGUCAAAGUGCUUCAGAGCAAUAAAAAGUAAUUGUCAUCGUUAUCUGAACAGCACAUCGGAACAUCAUAAAAUGGGUGCCAUUCCUCUAUCCUGGCUAUCA